UGUAAAGCUGCAGAGAUGCUCUACGCAGCAGGCACCAAACCUCAGUGGAACGGCAGCUCUUGGUGGAAAAAUAGCCAUUAAACGGAUAAAACCCGUGUGAGAUGCAACCAGGCCGUUUCCGCUGCGCAUUUCGGAGCUAAAACCCGCGGCGCCAGUAAGGGGCUCGGGUCGCGGCGACGCAUCGAUCCAGGACGGACUCGGGAGGGGUUGCAUCAUGGGGAACGAGGCGAGCCUGGAAGGAGGAGGCGAAGGCCCGCUGCAAGGGCUACCCGAGGGGCUGGCACCCGACGGGGCCGGGGGCUUCGUGCGAGUCCCUGGCGGGGAUCCGGUGAACCUGGCGGAGCUGAGCGAGGAGCAGCGGAAGCAGCUCGCCGCGGUGAUGUCAAGGGCGCAGGGCAGGCAGCCCGGGGGUGCCGCGGCAGCACGAAGACCGUCGGAAUCUGGUGUCCAGCAGCGAUCCCAGCAACCGGGAACCGCCAGGGCCCCGGCCGGCCUCAGUAAGAGUCGCACGGUAGACGCCUUCAACCAGAGUACCCCCAGCAGGCCUGCCACAGGGCGCAGUCCCUCAUCACUCAAUCUUUUUGAGUCCCGAUUCCGGCAGGAGCCCAAAGACUCUGAAAGCAAGUCAUCCGGCAUGUUUGGCUCCAGCUUUCUCAGUGGGGCCAACCCCCUCAGUGCCAUGUCAUCCAUGACCUCCUCAGUGUCCUCCUCUAUAUCCUCCAUGGGCGACUCUGUCAACAUGCCCAAGUUUGGGCUGUUUGGGGAGGAGGAGGAAGGAGCUGCACCUGGUACCAAUCAGGGAGGGAAGCCACCAGGCAAAGGCCCUCAACAAGGAUCAGGUCCAAAGGGUUCACCACAAGGGGGGCCCCAAAGACAGAGUCAAGGUCCUUCUGGUCAGGGGCCAAAACCUGCGCAAGGACAAGCAAGCCCAGGACCCAAAUCAGCUCAGGGACCUCCUGGACAGGCUCCCAGACAAGGCCAGGGGCAGCCAGGACAAGGGCCUCCUGGACAGCAAGCACCUAGACCAGGUCAAGGAACACCAGGUCAUCAGGGACCCAAACAGGGUCAAGGACCACCAGGUCAACAGGGUCCCAGACAAGGUCAAGGACCACCAGGUCAGCAGGGUCCCAGACAAGGUCAAGGACCACCACCAAGUCAGCAGGGUCCCAGACAAGGUCAAGGACCACCACCAAGUCAGCAGGGUCCCAGACAAGGUCAAGGACCACCAGGUCAGCAGGGUCCCAGACAAGGGCAAGGACCACCAGGUCAGCAGGGACCCAAACAAGGUCAAGGACCACCUGGUCAGCAGGGUCCCAGACAAGGUCAAGGUCCACCAGGCCAACAAGCACCUAGAGAGGGUCAAAGUGGUCCUCUGCAGCAAAAAGAACCUGGCAAGCCUGGACCCAAACAGCAAGGACCAACGCAGCCUGGGGCUGGACCCGGAGAUGCUGUCAAGAGUCAACAGAGUGCCGCAAAGCCCGCCGGGGGGCUUUGUCCACUGUGUAAGACUACCCAGUUGAAUACUGGAUCUAAGGACCCGCCAAAUUACAGUCAUUGUACUGAGUGUAAGAACCAGGUCUGCAGCCUUUGUGGAUUCAGUCCCCCGGACUCAGCAGGUAAAGAAUGGUUGUGUCUAAACUGCCAGAUGGAACGAGCAAUGGGAGGCAUGGACCCCCCGGGUAUGACAAAACCCAAACAAGGCUCGGCCCCGCCCUCGCCACAGAAACAGGCUUCAGGAAAACCCAGCAAGCUGCUCAUCAAGCAGCAAAGCACCACCGACCAAGGUUUGACGCCCCCAACCACGCCAAGGCAGAAAUCUCCAGGUGCUAGCUCUCCAGGGCCGCUUUCUCCAGGCUCCUCAUUGGGAGGCUCCCCCAAGAUCGAUCCCAAGACCGGCCGCCCCAUUCAACAGAAGGCCAGCCCCCAGCAGUCACCGGCUAAGGCCAAGCAGGAGUCUAGUUUCUUCGGUGGGUUGGGAGGCAUCAGUUUUGGAGGCUUGACCGAUUCAGUCAAGCCGGCUGCUGCUUCCACACAAGCUGCUGAGUCUGUCACUGGAAAACUAUUUGGCGGUUUUGGUGGAUUGAUGGACUCAUCCAAGCCCCAAGCACAGGCGGCUCCAAAGCAGGAGGAGUCUGUCGCCGGGAAGCUGUUCGGAGGAUUCAGUGGAUUAUCAGAAGCGGCAAAACCUCCCGCCACCGCCUCGCAGAUGUUCAGCUUCGGCUCAUCCCUCCUCAACUCGGCCACCAAUCUCGUCACCGGUGAGGAAGAGAAACCAGACAAUUCUCCACCGGGGUCACCGCCAGACUCUGAACCCGGUUCCGGCCCUGGCUCCCCGCCCGACUCUCCAUUCUCUGCUCCGGGCUCUCCCCCUGAUUCGGAUUCUGCUCCUGACACCCCACCGGCCAAAUUCAGAAAACCACCAAGGACCAAAUCCGUUGCGCGAGAAUCCAGCUUGGACUUAGCCUCCCAAACUAAGGAAAGCUGUCCUCUUUGCAAGGCGGAGCUGAAUGUGGGGACAUCAGAAGCGCCAAACUACAGUCUCUGCACUGACUGUAAGACGAGUGUGUGCAAUCUUUGUGGAUUCAACCCCACUCCCCAUUUAGGAGAGACCGAAUGGCUUUGCCUCAACUGCCAGACGAAACGAGCCAGUCAGCUGGACGACACGGUUUCCCCGAAGAAGCCAGCGCCUGCUCCUGCUCCCUCCUCCACCCCCACCCCUGCUGCUGUAGAUAGUAAACCCAUUGUCGUAGAAUCAGCAGCAGCAGACCAAACCCCAUCCGCCCCCGAAACCAAGGUGGAGAAGUUGGAGACCCUGAAAGAACUGAAACAACCUGAAAGUGCCACCAAGGUGGGGAGUCCGACCAGCCCCUCAGACCUGGCCAAGCUGGAAAGCACAGUCCUGCCCAUUCUUGAAGCGCAAGUAAAGGGCGAUGAAGAGAAACAAACGGACACACUAAAGACCAGACGUAAACUCGAGGUGCUUCCCCUCUCUCCCGACUCGCCCUGCUCGGAAGACGACAGAGAUGUGAACAAAAGUAGCACAAAGAAAAAGCUACUGGUGCCGCUAGACGUCAGGAUGGACUCUCUGGAUGAUAGCAGUGAAAGUUUUAGCAAAGAGAGUCCCAUGUCAGGGGAUGAUGAGGAAUUCAUCCGCAAACAGAUCAUAGAAAUGAGCGAAAAUGAGGACGCCUCGCCAUCCGAUGAGGAGAAUCUAAUUCGUCAAAAGAUCAGACAAGAAGAGAGGAAAAAAAUGGAACAGAAGAAAACAGAGUCUGCAGCGAAGAGUGCAUCAGGAAAAGCCAAGCGGUUAUCCAAGAAAAACUCCAUAAGUCCCACUGAUGAUGAAGAGCUUCAAAUCUCUCUGGAGAAAGCUCAAGUCGUCAAAGUUGAUCCACCAGAGCUCAAAGACGAUUGUCAAAGAGGUACUGCCGUUCGCAAAUUUCAAACCAUGCAAUUGAACACAACCAGCAGCCCCGUGUGUGUAACUCAAGUUGACAUCGAGCCCGAGAUGGAAUGUUUGACUGAUUCACCAGAUGAUCGUUCAAAAGGGGAGGGGUCAUCCAGUCUACACGCAUCCAGUUUUACGCCAGGCACAUCGCCAACGUCCUUGUCCUCACUGGAUGAAGACAGCGACAGUAGUCCCGGCCACGUUCGUUCCAGCGAGAGCAAGCAGCACAGAAAAGCUAAACACAGACAACCUGGACAAAUGCUGCCGACGAUAGAAGACUCUUCAGAGGAGGAAGAGUUGCGGGAAGAGGAAGAGCUACUCAGGGAGCAGGAGAAGCAACGAGGAGCCGGUAAAAAGGCAAAGCGAGACAAAGAAGAGGUUCGAGGACAGCGGAGGCGCGACCGUUCAAUGACUCCCCCAAGUAACCUUUCACCGAUUGAAGAUGCCUCACCCACAGAAGAACUUAGGCAAGAGGCAGAAAUGGAAGAAAUCAGACGAUCAUCCUGCUCUGAUUUCUCCCCAAGUAUCGAUUCAGAUCCUGAAGGGUUUGAAAUUCACGCUGCAAAGAUUGCAGCGGUUCAGAAAACAUAUCAACUUCCCGUAUCGGUGGCCCUACAUUCUCCAACAGAAGAUAAAAACAUUGACAAAUCACAGCAAAAAACCCUCAGAUCUGCUGAUGAAGCAUAUGAGGAGAUAAUAUUGAGGUCUAAAUCUCCUACCGCUGAAAAUGUUGAGUUCGAUCCAGGAAAGACGGCUCUUUAUGGAAGUAUGCUUAUUGAAGAUUAUGCAUCUGUCAUGGAUAAUUCAACAGAUGAUCUUGGAGAGGCAGAAAAGAUCAGCGUUCCUAGCCAGCCCAAGAAACUGAGAUCCCCAGAUGAAGUUUAUGAAGACAUGAUUAAGAAAAGGAAAGAAUUUAUGAAACUCGAACAGGAAUACCAAAACAUACAACAAAAAACUGAAAGUACUAACCCAGAUAUCGUGUUACAGCCCGCUGAGAAUACCAUUCCCAACGUCGCGACAGUAACUUUGGGAAAAGAUGGAAAACCUUUGUUAGAUGCCGAAAGUGCAUACCAGGAACUCAUGAAAAAGGUCUUGAGUCCUGGAGCAAGUCCGACUCCGCAAGAUCAAGAAACAGAGACCACUUCAUCUCGAAGGGCUCUCUACCCAAUCCCAGACCUACAAGUCACGCAGUGUUCCUCAGGAGAAUUGUCCUCCGACGAAGAAAGUAUUAAAAAGGAGGAGGAAAUGGUCAAAUCAACAACUGUGGAAACUACAUCUCCGCCCUCCGCCUUAGACCAGAAAACACUCCCCCCAGUCACAUCACCCCAGACUGAUAUUGUAGACCUAUCAAGUGCAAUUCCAAUUACAUCUGCUCCUGUAACUGCAAAUUUUACCGUCUUGCCUACUGUCCCCCAGUAUGCACAUGGUACCCCGAGCAUCGUUUCAACUGCCCCACUAAUCCCCCCGAAGCCAAGUGUCUUGCGCAGGGCUAAUUCUCAGGAAAAAGCAGAUACACCCCUUGAGUCACCAUUGCCUCCCCCGACCCCACAAAAACCGACAGUCUUUCCCAGGAAACCUCCAGUUCCGCUACCACCCCAGACUUCAACCGUGUCAGUCAGGCCGGAGACAGUGACCACGACUUCGAAACAAUCAAUAACGCCAACAUACAAACCUCAUGUCCCGCCUCCCGUUCCUCCAAAGCCCUGCAUUCCGGCAGGUAUCGGCGAAAGCCACAGACAUGGCGGCAAACCACCCAUUGCACCGAAGCCUUGCUCGCAGCCGUCCUCCCCUGCUCAUUCCUCGCAUCCGCCAAGACCUACUGUGCUUCCCACAGGGUCCAAUGAAAUUGCUUUGAACCUUAGCCCUUCUGAGAGCAAGAUCUUUCAAUCCUCGCCAAAGUCUCCUUCUUCUCCGAGAUAUGCAAGAAACAGAGAUACCUAUGUGGUUAUCACACUCCCGUCUCAGCCAAGCUCUCCGGUAGACAGUCUUUCAACCCAAGCCCCCUCUGAUACUGGCCCAGCAUCAACUACCCAUCAAGCUAGUUAUCACCAAUCACAGGCUCAACCACUUUCAUAUCAGCAGUCACCACCACCUCAUACAACUAGGGUGCCUCUGGCUUACACCAGAGUGACUGAAUCCAUCGAGAACCAAGAGAUAUGCGGACCGGAAAAACACGUUUCGACUUCGUGUCACAUCAUCGAGGCCGUGUCGGCCUCCGCUGACCCUCCCGUGGUCUUGCCGAAUCUAAUCUCUCAAGUGGUUACCACAGAGGUCCAAAGAACCACCGUCUCUGUUGUUCAUGAACGGACGCCACCACCUGUGCCAGUUCCGAGGGCAACUGGUAUCCCAGUAUCAUUGGAGAAACCAAAGACCCAAUUGCCUGUCCAGAAUGGACAGGCAGCCUUGCCUUGUGAGGUGGUGGAUCUGAGGACUAUGAAGCCCGAGGCAGCCUCACAUAUAAAUGGAGUGGAUCUGUCUGCUGGCCCGGAGUCCAGACAGCCUUUAGCAGCUGAUGUCAGUCGCCAAAGCAGUGCUGUACAGUCAGCUGUUGUAAACCUCAGUUCUGAAUCCUCCACUUUCUCAAUCAUGACUGACAGCAUCACCAUAGUGACGUGUUCUGCUACAAUCCAGAGAUGUGACAGUUUAGAAACCUCUCAAACAUCUUCAGCCCCACUGCAGCUAACAAAAAAUAAAGCAUUUGAACCCGUCUCUCAAAUUGUAUACCGGUCAGUGGAUUAUCAGCCUCCCACUCACUCUGGCGAGAUCCCCAUAAAUCUCACAGUUGGCUCAACUGGUGGUGGAACAUUCCAAACACCACCUGUAACCAUGGCACCCAGCACCAUUGCCGGUUGCGUUGCUAACGGAUUAACGACAAGUACAACAUCUGUGGCAGGAGCUGUUGACCUGAGCACGGCAAAAGCAUUCAAUACUCUGGUAUCCAUGGACGCCAUUUCGACAGAGGUUCUCACAACUGUCAUCACGGAGGAUGACGGCAAACCGGUCGAUCUGACUGCGGGGAAAAGAGCAGUGUGCUGUGAUGUUGUCUACAAGCUCCCAUUUGCAGGAAGCUGCACGUCACAGCAGCCCACAACUCCUCUGCCCGAAGACCGUUUUGGAUAUCGCGAUGACCAUUACCAAUUCGGUCGAUCGUCAUACGGCGCCAGGGGCUUCGGCGGAAUCAAACCCUCAAUGUCGGACACCAACCUGGCAGAAGCCGGCCUAUUUUUUUACAAGAGUAAGAACAGCUAUAAUUUCACUGGCACCACAGACGGUGCCGUAGAUCUUUCUUCCGCAAAGAUUUCCGAUGCAGGAGACGCGGUGGACUACUCCAAAAAAGGGGCACACGCGGGAACAACAAUCCCCCCUUAUUGCCAAGCAAGAGUCACAAGUGGUGUUGGUACUCUCUUUGGUACGAGUAGUGUGCUGAGGUCCUCCAAUGGCGUGGUUUAUUCCUCCGUCGCUGCACCAAUUCCAUCUACAUAUGCAAUAACAACCCAACCCGGAUCGAUUUUUUGUACAUCAUACAACACCCAGUCAAGUAUGCAUACAAGUGACACCAUGCCGUCAUUGUCGGAAAUCCAGAAUUUGCCACUGACGCGAUCCCACAGUUUCCUGUCUACUGUUUCAAUUACGAUGGCAGAUGAGCAAGCUGAGGUUCCUCUCAACCUGGAGAUAUCCAAGGAGGACGGGUCUGGUAAUGCCGUCACCACAUCGACCACUUCUUUAUCUCUUGACUACACGGAUGAAUCCCUUGAGGCAAUAGCAGCAUCCCUGGAGGCUCUUUCGUCACCUAUGGUCCCAGGGGAUGGCCAGUAUCAGGCGGAGCGCGAAAGGCUUGAGAUGGAAAAACUCAAACAGCAGCGUCUCGCCGAGGAGCUGGAAUGGGAGCGUCAGGAGAUUCAACGUUUUCGUGAGCAAGAGCAACUGCUGGUACAGAAGGAAUUGGAAGAGCUACAGGUCAUGAAGCAGCAAAUUUUGACCCAGCAGGAAGAGGAAAGGCAAGUUCACCUCAUGAUGCAAAAGGAAACCUACGCUCAGCAACAACAGCAGCUUGAGCAAAUUCAAAGACUCCAAGAGCAACUCCGAAUGCAGCUGGAAGAGCAAAAACUUCGUCAGAUGUAUCCAGGUGGCGAGGUCCUCGGGAAUGGCAUCCAAGAGGCCAUCGUUUUGGGCCCCGAUGGCACCGUGCUGUCACGAAAGAUCACAGAUAGUGGUUGCCAAACAGACGAAGAGGACGAGACUGUCAGUAAAGCUUACACAGCGGGGAGGAAAAAGAAAAGUGCCAAAAAGAGCGUCGACAGCUGCGUGCAAACAGAUGAUGAAGAUCAAGACGAGUGGGAGGCGCAGAGAAGCCGGCAGAACCGACCACGUACUGCACGAGGCGACAGGGGAGGGCACGCCAACAUGUCUCUACAAGCGCACACUGAGAUUUCUAUCCAAACGGAUACAGACGGAAACAUCAGGAUGGACACGAGAAUGGAACUGUCUGACUCGGAAAGAACCUCGCCAAAGAAACGACCCACGCCUUUGGAGAUGGGUUUGUCUCCGCACCUCAAAGCUGAAUCCUCCACGCUUCAAACGUCCCCUAAAUCUCCUAACGUGCUCUAUUCUCCCUUGUCGCCGUGUAUUUCCCCAAGUAAAUCACUCGAAUUUGUAUCUUAUGAUAAGUCACUGGGUGAUAAAAGCCCUCAAAAGCUCAGGGGAAGCCCAGAUCCCGGAAGUCCCAGAGGAACAAAAUCCAUGCAGAGAUCCAUGUCUGACCCCAAAUCUAUUAGUCCAAAUGGAGAAGAAAGGGCAACGUCUGGAACCCAGUAUGGCGAUACCGAGAAGGGCUCUGGUGGAACACCUACUGGCACUCAAAAGAAGGUCAAGAGGACUCUGCCAAAUCCCCCAUCAGAAGAGGAGUCCUCCACCAGUGGCCAGACAGCCCAUAACACCGGUUCUGCUCGCCGGAGAAUGUGCCGUAAUUCAAACAUGGCGCGUGCCAAAAUCCUUCAAGACAUAGAUCGCGAGCUCGAUUUGGUGGAACGGGAGUCAUCCAAACUGCGCAAAAGGCAGGCGGAGCUUGACGAGGAGGAGAAGGAAAUUGACGCCAAGCUGAGGUACUUGGAGAUGGGGAUUAAUCGGAGGAAAGGCGCCCUUCUGAAAGAGCGGGAGAAGAGAGAACGAGCGUAUUUGCAGGGAGUGGCUGAAGACAGAGAUUAUAUGUCAGACAGUGAGGUUAGCAAUAUCCGAGAGACCAGAGGGAACCAUGGUGACGGUGAGGACGAGGAAAUUGAAAGCCACGGUCUGGAACGUCCCAGGACAGCUCCUCAGUCAGAAUUGGAUGACUUCGUCCCACCUCAAACCAAACAUGAAUAUGGAAAAUACUCGCAGUACCAGUACCCUCAAAGUCAAUACCAGCAGUCCCUCUAUCAGACCCCCCAGUCUUACCAGUCACAUUCUUUGUACUCGUCUGUGCCCUCGCUCACCAGCUCCCAACAGCAAAGUUACCAGCAGAUGCUCCUGUUGCAGCAGAAAGCUGCCAGGCAAGCCGCUCUUCUCUCCGAACUAGAUGCCACCAAGUAUGAUGUCAUUAAUCGCCAACCUGAUCCCACAUCGUCGCCCUACCUCGGCGUCAAAUAUGACAAAUAUGGCAACCACCUCGAUCUCAGAGCUUUGGAUGUGGGAAGUAUAGCAGAUAGUCCCAUGUCCGCCGUCGCCGAUCCCUACUACUCGGAUAUCGAUCACCACACACCUCGGAGUUACUUGCUCUUGGAAGAUGCGGCCGAACUCGCUAAGAGCUCCUCUGGAUUGUCGUCCUCUUACAGUCUUGCCGAAAGAGAGCUGGCCAAAGCCGAAAAGCUUCUCCAACGGAGCGCUGCUGAUCUAGGAUCAACUGACUAUCUUGGAUCCACCUCCAGACUGCAUUCUUACGGUAAAACUCCCGAUGAAGAAGAUCCAAUGGAGGAACCUUACGAACUGAAGCUCUUGAAGCAGCAGCUCAAGCAGGAGUUCAGAAGAAGCACCGGUGGGACGGAAAGCUUAGACCCUCUGACAGGCCUCUCUCAGCACUACUAUACCCCAAGCUCCAGCAUCUCCAGUUAUUCCCAAAGGCACUAUCCAAAGACAGACAAGUACAGCAUGAGUCGGCUGACUCUCGAGAAGCAGGCAGCGAAACAACUCCCAGCAUCAGUGCUUUAUCAAAAACACAAGACUCCAUUACUUGAACCUAAAAUCUCCAAGUAUUCCUCAAUUACAGAAAGCAGAGGUUUGGAUGUGGACUAUACGAGCUACCUGGGGUCUACAGGUGGAUCCCCAAGAUCCAGUCGACUCAUGCAGGAUGAGAUUACCUUUGGUCUCCGUAAGAAUAUUGCAGAGCAGCAAAAAUACUUGGGGUCCACCUUGGGGGCCAACUUGGCUGGUUCGCUAAACCUGGGCCAGAGUUUGGGACUGGACUCUGCUUACCCAAGUGGCAGUCGCUCAAGACCGUCAUCCAGGCCUACAUCUUGCUAUGGUUUAGACCUGUCCAUCAAAAGAGACCCUUCUAGCUCCUCGUUGAGACUCAAAGGGGACGGCGAAGCCUCUACGGACAGCUUCCAAACCCCCUCUGGUCGUACUAAACCCACCAGCCUCCCCCUUGUGCAAAGCGGCCGUGGCAGAAUCCCCAUCGUGGCCCAGAACUCCGAGGAAGAAAGUCCGUUGAGCCCCGUCGGAGAGCCGAUGGGCAUGGCCCGCGCCUCGGCAGGACCUCUGCCGCCCAUCUCAGCCGACUCCCGGGACCAGUUUGGUUCCUGCCUUUCCUUGCAGGAAACGCAGCAGCAACACAUCAGGGAGGAACCGAGCAGGGGUAGGACUUAUGUCCUGAUGGAUGACCUUCAGGGUACCAUGUCAGAUAGCGAAGCCCUAAGUGAUUCCCUGAUGCCUUUGAACCGAGACCAUUCAGCCAAUGCUUACCACCUAAGACGAGAGGAGACCGACUGGUUCGACAAACCCAGAGAUGGACGGCCGGAAAAUGGACAUGACAAGAGACAGGGUAAAGGUCCGUACUACCCCUUCCCUCACCUCAGGGUCAAGCUGAAGAGAGAUCCGAAAGACCGCAGUGUGUCAGGGAACGGACUUGGUAUCCGUGUUGUCGGUGGAAAAGAGGUGCCUGGUGGUAACGGAGAGAUCGGCGCCUAUGUUGCUAAAAUUCUACCUGGUGGAGCCGCGGAACAAACGGGGAAGAUCCUGGAAGGAAUGCAAGUCCUGGAAUGGAACGGCACUCUGCUGACAGGAAAAACCUACGAAGAGGUGCAAGGGCUCGUCGGCCACUCGUGCAGCGAGGCCGAAUUGUGUGUCCGACUAGAUCUCAACAUGUUGGCAGAAUCCGAAGAUUCCGAGCACCUGGAUUUCCAGGAGCCAAGCAAAAGUGACAGGCCACCCAGAUCUCCAGGCGUGGACCCAAAACAGCUGGCGGCCGAGCUGCAGAAGGUAUCCCAGCAGCAGGCCCCGUCCUCCACCGCCUCCUCCACCAGCCUUACGGCGACCGCCUCGGCCACCUCCAGCCCCGCCCAGCCGGGCUCACCGUCGGUCAGCAAGAAACGGCACGGUAGCAAGGCCACGGAUGGGAGCAAGACCCCGUCACACCCAAUUACUGGGGACAUACAGCUUCAAAUCCACUACGACAAGCAGCUGGGCAACCUGAUCGUGCACGUCUUGCAGGCGCGCAACCUAGCGCCGCGCGACAACAACGGCUACUCGGACCCCUUUGUUAAGGUGUACCUCUUGCCGGGACGAGGUCAGGUCAUGGUUGUCCAGAACGCCAGUGCUGAAAACAAGAGGAGGUCCAAACCUGCAGGCAAGAGCCUGAACCCUGAGUGGAACCAGACAGUCAUCUAUAAGAACAUCCACCUGGAGCAGUUGCGGAAAAAGACGCUGGAGGUGAGCGUGUGGGAUUACGACAAAUGUUCCUCCAAUGAUUUCCUUGGAGAGGUCCUCAUCGACCUGUCCAACACGGGCCAGCUGGACAACGUCCCUCGGUGGCUCCCCCUGAAGGCGCAGACGGAGGGGGAGCACCACCGCCGCUCCCACCAGAGCCGUCACGGCUCUUCCAAAACCACCUCGCAGCAUUCGUCCCCUAAAACCGCUGGCUCCGCCCACGAGCAGGACUCUCCCAAAUCAUCGGUGAUCAAGAGCCGAAGUCACGGCAUCUUUCCCGAUCCGGCAAAGGGUAGGAGAAACGCGUGCCUACCAGGCCACCAGAGACACAGUGUAGUCGGUGUGCUCACCAUUCAGAGAGGCCAAUCCGAUUACCUGCCCGCCUUGCCGUCACUGGCCGAUGGGAGGAGAACGGAAGGUCGUCACCUGACCCUCAGGAAAGCUGUGUCGGAGGAGAGGCCCUACGUUGCCCGAGCUCGCGCCAGCUACAGGUCAGGCGAUGCCCCCAUGACAGCGGCCUCGCUGGACAGCGGCCUGAGCGGCAGCGCCUACAGCUUGCUGGACGAGGAAGCGGAGAUGAACGAGGUGGAUAGCGCCAUCUUCCAGGUGCCCCGAUUUGGGAAAAUUCCAAAUGGCACCGAUGGGAUAAAAUCCUCCAUGGGAGAUUCUGACGGUAAGUCACAGGUGAUGGGUGAGAUCAAGAUUGCGCUGAAGAAAGAAGUGAGGACGGAGGGAGACCACCUGGUCCUGGAGAUUCUGCAGUGUCGCAAUAUCACCUACAAGUUCAAGACUGCAGAUCACCUGCCUGACCUCUACGUGAAGCUGUAUGUGGUGAACAUCGCCACACAGAAGCGCAUCAUCAAGAAGAAGACGCGCGUGUGCCGCCACGACCGCGAGCCCUCCUUCAACGAGACCUUCCGCUUCUGCAUGAACCCGGCCGGGCACUCCCUUCAGCUUUUCUUAGUAUCCAACGGCGGCAAGUUCAUGAAGAAGACGCUGAUCGGCGAGGCCUACGUGUGGCUGGACAAGGUGGACCUGCGCAAGCGUGUGGUCAGCUGGCACAAACUGCUCGCCAGCAGCGCGCAGAUCCACUCCUAGGUGGAACGUACCAUUUGAUAACCCAAGGGGGGGAGCGGGGGUAAAUUCACUUAUUCCACUUACAGGAGCAGGAAGUGGACCACGCAAGCAAGCAGGUACAAAACACUCAUCUUAAUCCACACAUGAAAUACAGGGACACACAUGUACAGUCGAUGCUCACUCACUCCCUUUGAAAGCAUUUGACUCAAUGAGGACUCUGAUUUAUUUUUCUAUUAGAAGGAAACGUAAAAUUUUUAUCGGUUCUUCAUGUGCGCAAGAACGGGACGUCAUAUAUCCAACACGCACUACCUAGCAUUCUACUUCGGGGACCUUCUUUCACUUGAGCAAACAGACUUCUAUCAUUAUUUAUUUAAGAAUAUUGCUUUGUAUGAAAUUGGAGUAACUGGUGCCACAUAUAUUGUUAUUGUACAUAAAAUGUCCUAGCUGGCAUGAAAUAUAUGGAAUACAAUAUAUAUAUAUAUAUAUAUAUAUAUAUAUAUAUAUAUAUAUAUAUAUAUAUACACAUACACACACACACACACACACACACACAUAUAUAUUGAUUUUUAUCACAGACAAUCAAGUCUUGAUUGAUUGUGACGAUUGUUAAGUUCCCCUACAGACAAUUUACAGUUGUGUGUCUUUUCCUCCUCGAAUGUAAAAGCGAUUUAACGUCGGAAAAAAAAAAAGUUCAGAUUUAAUGGUUUGAGCCACUGCUAACAUAUUACGCAUAGUGUUCCGGAAAUGUUGUUCUUGUUGUUUUGGUUUUUUUGGUAAGUAGGAAAUUUGUUUUCUAUGCAACCAUGACAAGUAACCACGGCAACCACGUCUCCGUUGUCCUGAAAAGAAAGUUUAAUAUGUGAAAGCGUGACACAUUUUUAUCGUUGUUUUUAUUUAUUCUGUCUUUUUUUUUUAAAUAUGUUAUUUAUUGCGAUUUAAUGUUAUAUCAUCAUUUUAUAGUAUAGGAUAAGGGGUUCAGGUUAUGGAUGAUAGAUGAAUUUGUAUAUAUUUAUUUUUAAUAUUAAUGACAUUUAUUUAUAUUUAUUAUUUUAUUGACAUAUUCGUCGCCAUUUAAUGGUAUUAUUUAUAUGUAGUGAAUUAUUGAUUUCCCAACUGUGAAUGACUGAAAUACCAAAUUUCAUCCUGACAUUUAUUUCUUAUUUACUGGCACGAAGUUUUUACUUAUUGCCCGUAGGACCAUUUUUUUGUGUGCCAUAUCUAAAUUUUUCAACAACAGUGGUCGAAAGGAUGACAAAAAAUUACAUGUAUUUAUUUAUUUGUUUGUUUGUUUAUUUAUUUAUUUAUUUAUUUAAACUUUACAAUAAUUUCCUCCCCGUGUGACGGUUCAUGUUUACAAUACAUAUUGGGUGUGCUUCUUUGAUACGCAUAUUUGUAGUGGUUGUCUACAAAGUUAAGUUCCAAAGGCCUGAAACUCAGAGAAUUUUUCCCGGUUACAGAGAAAUCUGAUAAAAAAAAAAAAACGCCUCCCUGCAUUUUCUCGCUUAAUUUCCUGCAAUGACCAAAAAGAGACUUCUUGAUUUUAAGGUCACCGAAAGUGUGCAAUUAUAAUUCAUUUCAAUUCAAUGCAUGUCAUUUGGUCUGUCUUUAGGAAUAUCAACACAAACACACACACAAACCUUUAAGCGUGUAAAUACGUCAUACAGGCUUCGGGAGCAAUAGGUCUUUUAAUGGACAACAAAAAAAGAGGGGAAAAAAAGACCAGUGUGUGCAGUCACUUGAUUUUCUCCCGGUCAAUACCGUAAAGUGUUUACUAAGAGCGCACACACACGCGCGCACACACACACUUGGACAGCUCGAGUAGUCGCAGGAGAAUCGUCAUUGUGUUCACACUGGAUGUUGCAUGUUGAUGGCUCAUACUAUUUUUGUGUCCAGAUUAUGAUUAUGAAUACAUUUAGAAAAAGAGAAAGUGACAUGUAGAGAAGGAUCUAGAACAAAAUGUUAUGGGUGAGGGCGAGGGUAUUUAUUAAUAAUAUAUGCUGACUGUACAAAGAUGACCAUCCAAUUCUUUCCCCCCUCCACUUGUAAGUAAACAGAGAAAAAAAAAUCUAUCUAUACUGUCAUGGUUUUGUGAUUGUAUACAGGAGGUAUUGAUGAAUUAUGCAAAUUGUGAUGUAAAAAAAAAUGGCUGUCGCCCGCCCCAUGUCUAAAUAUUAAAUAUGAGUACAAAUGAGG